AUGUCCCUUUCGCCGCUCCUCGCCGGUUCUUGCCGCUCAGCCCAGCGUCACGUCUUGCGCCCAUCGUCCAGGUCUUUAUUGCUCCCCAUCAUCCCUACGCUCCGCCAGUCUACCAGGCCAUCGCAAUUGCCCCUGAGUGCCAUCAACUAUAACAAUUCCAAUCUGGUGUCGAGGACCAUGGCGAGCAACGCGGCGCAGAAGAAGCCGGAGUGGAUUGUGGUUGUGCCGGAUAAGGCCGGUGUGACGCUGGACAAGAGGAUGAGCGUGAGGCAGACUCAUAUUGACAAUUUGGGGCCCGCCAUCGAGUCUGGCUUUUUGAAACUCGGAGGUGCCGUCCUCGACCAUCAUCCAAAGGAAGGUGAAGCGCCACCUAUGAAGGGAAGCGCGCUGAUCGUCCAGGCGGACUCUCUGGAGGAGAUCCGCGAGACUCUGUCCAAGGAUAUCUAUGCUACGGCUGGAAUAUGGGAUUUGGAUAAUUUCCGAUGCGCCCUUAACGUCUAUGAAAAGGUAUAA